GAUCAUCAUGGUCGCAUCAUGGCUAGCCAGAUUGAUCUGGGUUCGAGGUUGUUGGCUAAGGAGAACAAAGCAUGGGUCUCGGAGAAUGGCACCUUUGCUUUUGGAUUCACUUCGAUUAAGGAUGAAGAUGACAAACUUCAACUGGCGAUUUGGUUUGCUAACCUUCCUGGAGACCGAACAACAGUAUGGUCACCUAACAGAAACUCUCCAGUCACCAACAACGCAAUCUUGGAGCUCGACACCACCGGAAACCUCGUCCUCUUCGACGGUGGCGACACCGUUAUCUGGGUCUCGAACACGUCCCGCGCCGGGGUGCAAUCCGCCGGCAUGUCGGAAUCCGGCAACCUCAUUCUCUACAACGACGUAAACCAACCUGUGUGGCAAAGUUUCCACCACCCAUCAGACACUCUCCUCCCAAACCAACCUCUAUCAGUCUCUCUUGAACUAACGACACCAAAAUCACCCUUGGGAGGCAGUUACUACGCGCUCAAAAUGCUUCAACAACCAACUUCUCUAAGCCUUGCUUUGACGUACAAUUUGCCUGAGAGUUACAACGCCAAUCCAGAAUCAUACGCCAACUAUUCGUAUUGGCAAGGACCCGACAUAUCGAACGUAACCGGGGACGUCGUGGCGGUUUUGAACGAAGCCGGAAGUUUCGGAAUUGUGUAUGGAGAAUCAUCGGACGGAGCAGUUUAUGUGUACAAGAAUGAUGGUGACUAUGGCGGCCUGUCUUCAGCCUCGAAUCGGUCUACUCGGUUAUCGGUUUUUCGACGGCUAAUAUUGGAGAGUAAUGGCAAUUUGCGCUUGUAUAGAUGGGACGACGACGUCAAUGGAUCGCGCCAAUGGGUUCCGGAGUGGGCAGCAGUUUCGAAACCUUGCGACAUUGCUGGGAUUUGCGGAAACGGGAUAUGCAAUUUGGACAGAAGUCAGACAAAUGCAUCUUGCACUUGCUUGCCGGGGACUUCUAAGGUGGGAAAAGAUAGUCAGUGUUCGGAGAAUUCUUCGUUGAUCGGGAAAUGCGAUUCGAGACAGGAUUAUCAGAAAUCACAGUUCAAGAUAUCGACUGUUAAGCAAACCAAUUACUAUUACUCUGAUUUUUCUGUUAUAAAUAACUAUAGCGAUAUUCGGAAUGUUUCAAAAUGCGGUGACGCUUGUUUAUCUGAUUGCGAGUGUAUUGCCUCUGUUUAUGGAUUUGAUGAUGAGAAGCCUUAUUGUUGGGUUUUGAGGAGCUUGGAUUUUGGUGGGUACGAGGAUACUGGAUCUACACUGUUUGUGAAGGUUAGAUCGGACGGUAGGGUGACGCCGGAAGGAGGAGGAUCUGGGGAUUCUGAAGAAGGUUCUGGAAAUGGGAAAGAAAAGAUUUUGGUUAUUCCCAUUGUUCUCAGCAUGACUUUUCUUAUUGCUCUCCUCUGUCUGUUGUUGUACUACAAUGUGCAUAGGAAAAGGUCCUUGAAAAGAGCCAUGGAGAGUUCUUUGAUCUUGUCCGGUACUCCGAUCAAUUUCAGUUACCGUGAUUUGCAAAUUCGAACAUGGAAUUUCUCGCAGGUUCUCGGAACCGGAGGAUUUGGGACUGUGUAUAAGGGAAGCCUUGCAGAUGGGACUUUAAUAGCAGUAAAGAAACUUGACAAGGUUUUGCCACAAGGUGAAAAGGAGUUCAUAACUGAAGUCAACACCAUUGGCUCAAUGCACCACAUGAACUUGGUUAGGCUUUGUGGAUACUGCUCUGAAGGACAACAUAGGCUUCUAGUUUACGAGUUCAUGAAAAAUGGUUCCUUGGACAAAUGGAUCUUCCCCUCUUAUCAUGCCCGAGAUAGGCUGCUAGAUUGGAAAACUCGCUUCCACAUAGCGGUGGCUACUGCACAGGGGAUUUCGUAUUUUCACGAGCAAUGUCGGGAUCGAAUUAUACACUGCGACAUCAAACCAGAAAACAUCCUGUUGGAUGAGAAUUUUUCGCCUAAAGUCUCCGAUUUUGGGCUGGCUAAGUUGAUGGGCAGAGAGCACUCAAAAGUUUUCACAAUGGUGAGAGGAACUAGAGGCUAUUUAGCUCCGGAGUGGGUUACUAAUCGGCCUAUAACUGUAAAAGCCGAUGUUUACAGUUACGGAAUGCUCCUUUUGGAGAUUGUUGGUGGUCGGAGGAACCUUGACAUGUCUUAUGAUGCAGAGAACUUUUUCUAUCCUGGAUUGGCUUUUAAGGAGUUGACAAAUGGAAUGCCAUUAGAAGCCGGGGAUAGGAGACUAGAAGGCGCAGUGGAAGAGGAAGAACUCAUAAGAGCAUUGAAAGUGGCAUUUUGGUGCAUACAAGAUGAGGUUAUCAUGAGACCUACAAUGGGGGAUGUGGUGAGGAUGUUGGAAGGAUCAAUGGACGCCAACAUGCCGCCGAUCCCGCAGACAGUUUUGGAGCUGGUUGAGGAAGGCUUAGAUCAUGUGUACAAAGCCAUGAAGAGAGAACUCAAUAAUUUCAGCUCCUUCACCAUCACCAGCCACCCUUCUUCUCGUGCUACGUGUAGUUACUCCACAAUGUCCCCUAGAUAAUCAAAAUUUGAUUGUCAAAGAAAAAAAAUUUUGAUUUUUGAACAAUGCCAUCUUGAAGGUGUCCGCAAGCCUAAAUUUUGUAAAUGCAAAUCUUGGUUUUGCAUUCUCUUUCAAUGUGAUAAAAUCGUUCUAUACUUGAUAUUAAACACAACUAUAGAAG